UGCUGUGAUGAAGAUCCAUCGGAAAAUUUUAACCCACUACCUGUCCUGCACCUCGCCCGUGGAUAAAGAGGGGUAUCUGUAUAAAAGGAGAGACAGGAAGUCGUCGUACCUGCGCCGGUGGUUCGUGCUGAAGGGGAACCUGUUGUUCUAUCAGGAGCGUCCGGCCGACCGCGGUCUGCUGGGCGUGAUUGUGCUGGAGGGUUGUGUGGUCCACGCCGGAGAGUCUGACCGUUCCUUCUCGCUGGUGUUCACCGGGCCGGGCCUUCGCUCCUACCAGCUCGCGGCGGACGACCGGCCGAGCCAGAGGAGCUGGAUCAACGCGCUACGGUCGGCCAGCCACGUCUACGUCUCACUGCUCGUCAGAGACCUCGCUCACCUCUACCAAGACGCUAAAGAGGGCAGAAGCUUUGAAGAUUCCCCUUCGUCUUCCACUGUGAUCGAACCUUUGGUGAACGGUUCCCGCUCCGGUUCCAGUUCCUGCUCUGGCUCCGUCAUGGCCUCCUUGUACCCCGGAACGUCACACUUCACCCAGCAUCCAGCCCCGACCUGCAGAGAGACCAGGAGCCACAGCGCCAGCUGCAUCCCACACGCCCACCACCACGCCGCUCCGGCGCCGGUCAAAAGCGCCCACAAGCGCUCGCCCAAACACUGGCCCAAGAGGAACGCCCACGUGACGCCUAUGAACGGCCCCGUCCCUCUGUGCGGAGAGUGGCCCCAGGUGGACUUCAACCCCCUGGACGACUUCGUUAAACUGCACGAGUAUUAUGGAAAGGAGGUGAAGCAGCUGAGAGCCGAUUGGCUGCAGAAGAAACAGCAGGAGGCGGGACACGUCGAGGAGGAUCUCAUUGAUCUGAGCUGAGAAGGUCUGAGAAGUCGCUUUAUUCUGGUCAGGGUCACAGUGGGCGAAACACUGGGCACAGGGCAGGAAUACACAGACGCCAACAGACAUAACCAAUCGUGUCUGUGUAGAUGCUCGACGGGCCGAUAGCUCUGCUGAGAGUCGAACUCGGACUAGCAUCACCCAGAAUCACCAAAUGAAAACAUUCUUUUUCAUGUGUCCCAAUACUUUUGUCUAUAUAGUGUACAUGCACACACACUCACACACACAGACAUGUGGUGCUGCAGGGUAUGUAAGGAAGUGGGUACAUGUUUCAGUUCCACCCUGACAGGUGAAGCUGACCCCCCAAAUAUUUUCUGUUCCUCUUGUUGACAUCUCACCCUGCUUCACUUCUUCAUUUCUCUCAUGGAAAUGAAACGGAAAUGAAAUGAACCCCCGUGAACCUACCAAAGACAAAACUGAGUUAAUAUGAAAUGUGAAGCACAUUAUGGACUUGGUUUAUAACUGUUUAGUUUUCUAAAAAUGCUGAAAUCACUGAAAUCUUAUCGCUUUUAUGAUCUGUACCUUACAGGUGUCUAUAUACUUUUGAAACACAGCAGUGUUAAUAAUGCAGUCACAGUACCUCAUGAUGUUUC